AAACCUUAACUUAUAUUGUUAAUUCUAAACCUUCAAAGUUUUUUUUUUCAUUUUUUUCUACACAUACAAAACUGUGAGCUAGGCAUGGCUGAGUCUAACGGGGAGGAUCAAGCUAAGCCUUUAGCCCCACUUUAUCUCACUCCCCGUAGCGACCAACCCGAAGAAGAUCAGUACCAACACCAAACCAAACAACACGUCCACCACAACCACCACCACCACCGGACCAAACUCAUCUUAUGUUGUGGUUUCACCUUAUCUCUAACCAUACUCAUCGCAGUCACUUUCAUCGUCCUCUCCCUCACGGUCUUCCACCUCCACAACCCGAAACUCACCGUAACUUCCAUCUCCUUCAUCCAACCGUUCGAUCUCGUCAACGGUAAAGUCAACACGACCCAAAACGCUACCGUCGCAGUGGAGAUCUCAUUACAUAAUCCUAACCCUGCCGUGUUUAAAGUCAAAGACGUUACGGUUCUGUUUUACCACGAUGAACUGGUGGUGGUGUUUGGGGAGAGUACUAGAAGAAGCGAAACGAUCCCGGCGAAAAGGACGGUUGAGAUGAAUCUAACGACGGAGAUUGAUACGAGAAAGCUACUGGCAUCUGUUCCAGGUCUAAUGGAGGAUUUCAACGGGAGCGUGGUGUUGAGAAACAGAGUUGUAGUUAACGGUAAAGUGAAGAUGAUCAAGAUUUUCAAGAAGUCUGUUCAGCUUAAGACAGAUUGUGACGUGGCCAUGAUGAUGAACGAUUCAUCAAAGACUACUUUUGAUUGUACAUACGAACAUGUUCGAAACUGAAAGAUCAAUGUCUACUCUUUAUUUAUAAAAAUGUCUGUAAAUAAAACUCAGUUCACAUGUAAAAAAAAGAAAAAUUUUGAUAUGAGCAAAACGUUUUGGUUUGAA